AUGCAUCAUAAUGGUGGGAUUAAGGCUUCACCAACAACGAGUCAUGAUGUGGUACAACAGGAAACAACAUCGGAAGAGAAUGAGCAGCGUUUGCCAACAAUAAGCAAUGUUUCAUCUUCUUGCGCCUCUUCUGUUUCAGGUGAUCAGGAUGAGCAAGGACUGGCCGAUGAUGAAAUGGAAGAAGAAGAAGCCUUACCUUCCUUCCAAAAUAUUGCCCAACAAGAGGUCAUGAAAAAGAGCAAUGCUGAUCUUUCAGCUUUGAAUAGAGAAAAUCUUCUUGAGCAAUCUAAAUGUUCAGACGACACCACAAUGAUCACAGCUGAUGAUGGUAAAACACAAACUAUUCAGGCCACUAUCACCGAAAAGUUAUUACAUCAAUUCUAUCUUGAGACGAUUGCAGAGAUGAAUAUUUUCGAUCCCUUCUCGAGCGGUCAUGACGAUCACACACCCAUGAGCAAUAAUAACCAAGAAGAAUCAGGUGUUGCCCAUAUCAGUACGCUCGCUUCUCCAGCUACAUCGAGCAUGAAUCGUACACCUUGCGAGGACCUUAAUGAAAAUGCCAUUGACAGCAGACCACAAUUACUUUCAAUCAAACGAGAAUUGGAACACGAGAUUUCUCUGAUCGAUUCUCAACUCUUUGACUUGAAUGAAACGGAAGCGUUUUUGUCAGCUGCCCUCAAUCGUUUAGCUGCAGAAAAUAGAAUUAAUAACGCUCUCAAGGAUCAUGAAGCGUGCAAUUUAGAAGAGUUGAAAGAGCUGUCAAAAAUUGUUGAAAUUGAGGUUGAAAAAAAAGAGUCAUCCGAACAAAACAAGAUCAUCUCAACCAUUGCAGAAAAUGAUAGUGAUAAUGCCUUCACCAACUCCUCAAUUGCAUAUAAUAUUUUACAAUUACAGCAUCUCAUUGAUUCUUCGUCCAAAAAACUUGAAGACGUGCAAUUUCGUCACAACCAACUAGUCCAAACCAAGAGAAGAAGAAUGGUUGAGAAGGCUCAUCUCCGAGAGCUUAACAACCAGAGCCUUAGGUAUGAGAAAAAAGUCAAUUCUGACAUUAAAAAAAUUGAAGACAAGUAUAGCCAAGAUUUGAAGAAGGAACAAGAUGAGAGUAACAUAUUAGAGGCCACUGAGAAAAUGCUUCAAUUCAAAAUGCAAUUUGUGACAAACGAAGAUGGCCAACAAUUAAUGGAGACUAUGGAAAAAGUCAUGUCAAUGUUGAAAGGCAGAGAGGAGUUGCCUGAUGGAAAUUAUAUCAGCGUCACGAGAGCAAUUAACUAUUAUUCUCAACUCAAAGAGGCUGCCGAGAAGAAUAUCUUCACUGUAGAAUACUUUAAAAAGUUUCUGAGAGAGCACAAGGAAUUUGGUGUAUUCGCUUGUAAUUUCGAAGACUAUUACUCCCAGCCAACACCUGAUCUUUCUUGUGACCGUUCUAUUUUUGCUCCUCAUGACCAUGGCUCAACUAUUGUGGGUACGAAGCAAGAUAUCCAAGAUGUUGGCUCAGAAACCUUAGAAAAGUCCACAACCAAAUAUAUACUGGAUCCAACAGAGAGUCUCUACAAUACCCGAGAGGAAAUGCCAAAGUUUGAAUAUGAUGUUUCUGCAUCGAGUAAAACUCCUCUCAACAAGCGUAGUGUCAACCCUAGUGGCACUCGGAUUAACAGGUCGCUUUCUCUCAGUAAGAGUGUCAUUACAACACCGUUCACUCCCUCACUACAAAAUGUAUCUUCUCAAAGUGUGAAUGUCCCUUCUUCCAAUCCUGUUACUUCAAAAGGUAAUGCUCAAGAUGUGUUGCGAAGAAGUAUGAAUGUGCUUUCAAAAGUUCAAGCCUCAAAAAAGUCAAAACAUUAA